AUGUCUUGGGCUAAGCUAACUGGGCCGAUUUCAGACAAUGGUCCCUAUAACAGACGGUACGAUUGGGCCGUCACAUGGGGCCAUAUCUUGGAGCCCAAUAGGAGGCACCGUGUCGGCUUCUUUAUGUGCCCAUUAGAGCAUCUGCCUGAAUUGGCCAACAGAAGAUUUUAUCGUAUUUGCCGGCUGUUUGAGCAGGAGGUGUUUGUGUUCAAAAGUCAUUUCAAAGCUAUCAAAACAACAAGAUCAUCACGCAUACUUCUGAACUGGAUCAGACAAGCGGGUGAUGCGGCUCCUGGGUUCUUCCCAUCCUAUCGUGAAAGACGGAUACAGCUGCUGUGGCCGACCAACGUACUUGCAUCGAACACAUCCUGUCCGUCCUCCGUAGACGGCAUUGAACGCUGCGUGGCACCGGUCGGCGUUCGUCGUUCGAAUCGCCGAAAAGGUCAUCGCCAUCGACGAAGAUGA